GAGGAGCACGCCCCGCGCGGAGACGAACCUGUGGGGCCAGGCAGCGCGCUGGUGCUUAGAGCAGCCAAGGACGGGCGCGCCUCGCUCGGGGACAAGAGGCUCGCAUCCGGGGACGAGUGCCCCGCGAUCGAGUGCGGCUGCCUCGCGCUCGAGGGCGGGCGCGCCUCGCUCGGGGACAAGAGGCUCGCAUCCGGGGACGAGUGCCCCGCGAUCGAGUGCGGCUGCCUCGCGCUCGAGGACGGCUGCCUCGCGCUCGAGGACGGCUGCCUGGCACUCGAGGACGGCUGCCUGGCGGUCGAGGACGGCUGUCUCGCGGUCGAGGACGGGUGCCUCGCGAUCGAGGCUGCGCCCCGCGGAGGGAAGUGCCACUGCGACCGCGGCGCGCGCAGCCCCGGCGCGCUGCCAGCAGGGGGGCCGCGGUCUGGGCAGCAGGCAGGCGGCUCCAGCGACGGGGAGGCGGUCGACGCCGAGGACCUCCGGUCGCUGCGGGACGUGUUCCGGGCCUGCGACGCCAACGGCGACGGCACCAUCAAUCUGAGGGAGCUCAUCAAGGCCUGCCGCCGGCGCCCUGAGGUCGCGGCCUUCUUUGGCCUGCCGUCGGAGAUCCACCAGGAGGGCGCCUCCCGGAAGGCGGUCAUGGAGUUCUUCCAGGGCGCCGAUCGCAAUGACGACCGCGAGAUCACUUGGGAGGAGCUCCGCCAGUUCUACCGCGAGCGCCGGCCAGUCGGCGUGAGCCCCCAGCGGUCCAGCACCCCCGGCGGCGGCGGCGGCCGCAGGGACGCCGAGGGCAGCCCGCCGCACGCCCAGCCGCGCCCGCCGCCGCAGGUGGGGCGGUCGUGGUGGUGUUGGUGGUCGACGUCGGGCGCUUCCGGGCCACCCAGAUUCGGAGCCCCUCGCCGCAGGGCGCGCUGCCGCCACCCCUGCGGCCGCCCGCAGCGGCGGCCGCAGACGCGCCCGCGUUGGAGGAGCCGCGGCCACAGCCGGGCAUCGGCGCGCGGGCGGGGCUGGCGGCCGAGGGGCCGCGCCCACACCUGGGCCUCGGCGCGCGGGCCGGGCUGCUGGCCGAGGAGAGCCGCGGCCACAGCCGGGCAUCGGCGCGCGGGUGGGGCUGGCGGCCGAGGGGCCGCGCCCACACCUGGGCCUCGGCGCGCUGCCGGAGCGGACGGCCGAUCUGCUGCCGCACCUCGGCCUCGGCGCGCGGGCCAGGCUGCUGGCCGAGGAGAGCCGCCCCGGCAGCCGCUGUCGGCGCCGGACGUCCUGGCGCAGACGAGCAGGGGGCCGGCCGAGGAGCUGCAGCGCCUGAGGCGGGAGGCGCUGCGGAGGGAGCUGCGGGGCCGGGCGCCCGCAGGGGGCGGGGCCGCUGGUGCCCCUCUGGCGACACCCCGCUCCCAGGCGCCCUCGGCCGUCGGCGAGGGGGAGCGCCAGCGGCAGGCGGACGCCGCUCGGGGCCACGCCGAGGCGGUGGAGCGGCACAACGCCGAGUUGGAGGAGCGGCACGCGCAGCAGGUGCGGGCGCUGGAGGCGGAGUGCGAGCGCCUGCAGCGCGAGCUCUGGCGGCGGCUCGACGGUCCGAGGCCAGCGCCGACGCCCCCCCAGGAGAGCCCGUCUGUGCGCCGGCACACCCGGCGGCACGCGUGCCGGUGCGGCCUGCGCUUGCCGAGCCGGUCGGCCCUGUCCAUGGGCCGAGGCUGA